GGGACAGAUGCCCUGGGCCAUGUCACACCCCCAACUGCUGUCUGCUCAGGCACAGCCCGCGUGACUGAGCACCACUACUCCAGCAGUUUCACGUUACCGUUCCCUUUACUGAACAGUUUGAUGGGGCGUCGGGCGGAUGACAGCGGGAACAGUUGUGAUCACUGGCGGAAUCCUAGCUACGGUGAUCCUCCUCUGCAUCAUCGCAGUCCUGUGCUACUGUAGGCUCCAGUAUUACUGCUGCAAGAAGAGCGAAGCUGAGGAUGCAGACGAGGAGGAGGAGCACGACCUCACCACGCACCCCAGAGGCCCCAGCUGCAAUGCCUGCAGCUCCCAAGCCCUGGACAGCAGAGGCAGACUGGCGCCUCUCAGCGGCGAGCCCUGUAGCCAGCCGUGCGGGGUGGCAGCAAGCCACUGUACCACCUGCUCCCCGUACAGCUCCCCCUUCUACAUACGGACGGCUGACAUGGUGCCCAAUGGGGGUGGGGGCGAGAGGCUCUCCUUUGCUCCUACAUACUACAAAGAGGGGGGACCCCCACCCCUCAAAUUGGCAGUGCCCCAGAGUUACCCGGUGACCUGGCCAGGCUCUGGGCGUGAGGCCUUCACCAAUCCAAGGGCUAUUAGUACAGACGUGUAA